CGGUCUCCCGUCCGAUACUUCGCUGGAGACGACGGAGUGCGAGUGGACGGUUGCUGGUGUCGCUGUUUGGAUCGUUGAAUGCCAGGUUACGCGGAUUGAUCGGAUAUUCGGGAUACGAAAAGUAUUUUCCUCUGACAACGAUGGCCGAUGUUGAGUUAGCUGGAAAACUGGCCCGCCGAGAAGCAAUCGAACGUGGUGAGAUCUCGGAGCUGAAAGUGAGUCAGGUGUUCAACCCAUACGUGGAGUUUACGCGGAAGGAGCUUAAGGAGUACGAGAAACAGUUCAAAAAAUUCGACUUGAAUGGAGACAACGUGUUAGACUUCGAAGAGUUGAAGCGAAUGAUGGAAAUCCUUGGCGCCCCUCAAACUCAUCUCACCCUCAAGCAGAUGAUUAAAGAAGUCGACGAAGACUUCGACGGCACCAUCAACUUCAGAGAGUUCCUACUGAUCUUCAAGAAGGCCCGCGACGGGGAAUUAGAAGCACACGACGGUCUGAGCGCCCUGGCACGGCUCACCAGCAUUGACGUGGACAUCGCGGGCGUUGGCGGCGCUAAGGAAUUUUUCGAAGCGAAGGCUAACCAACUGGCCAUGUCCAACAAAUUCGAAGACGAGAUCCGCCAGGAACAGUUGCAGAAGAAGAAAGAAGAGGAGGAACGUCGAGAGAGACAGGCUGCCUUCAGAGAAAAAGCGAACUUCUUCAAGAGUGCCGCCACUUCAUGAAACAUAUCACGUGACACACAGCAGCAGAGUUCCUUUAAUGUGAUGUUCGUUUUUUUUUUAAAGCAAAUCUCUAUUUCUACACUGCAGCUUAUCGCUUACUCGCACCAACUAAAGGCCUGGUGAAAAAAAAAAACAAACAAAAAAAAAAACACUGGCUCUGUCCAAAGCACAGUUGCAUUUGGGAAACGGAGCUAUGGUUUACCAUAUCACGUGACCACGUGCCCGAGACGCAUUGGACGCCAUUUUGUUGCAACACAUGCCAAUGCCGCUGAUGCACCUACCUGUCGGACAGGGAGCGAAACGGUCUCGGAUCGCUUAGUUCGCGCUGCAAUAGAUGGCGCUUUUCGCGGAAAAGAAAUGGCGUCAUCCUCGCUCUCCGAUACUUCAAGAAGUGCGCUUCAGGCUUUAGUCUGUUUUAUUCUGCAAAGCAAACAAGGUGUACACUGUCACUCUGUCACACGCUUUGGCAUGAUGUUUUUUUUUUUGUGUCUUGUUCUUCAUCUCUGAGGAUAAGUACGAAACACAAUCUGAAAAUGCUAAGAAAUUAUCUCUUGUCAUUCUCACGAUAAUUGAUUUUACAAUUAACAUUCAUGCAUUGCUGGUUGGUAAGAAGUUCAUUGUGACGGGCAUCACAAACGCAAGCUCCACAAACCUGUUUUCUUCUUCUUUUUUUUUCUUUGUUGUUGUUUAUCUGUCAGCAGAGAACUGCAGAUAAUUUUCGCAGAAAACAACACGAAUAAAAUCAGAAAACCUUCAGGCGCUAAAUCCAUGGUGACUACAAGCUAUGGAGCUGCAUGGAAUAGCAGAUCGAAAUACAUGUACGCAAUCGGACAAAUAGGACAUCGCUGGACAUAUCGAUAGCGUCCUUAUGAGUGACGUCAUAAUAUAUUUUUAUAUGGAGCUCUGUACAUAUAUUUGUAUAUAAAAAUAAAUGCUGAGCUUACUACGUUGUCUUA